AGUCUUUUUAGUUCCUUGCUUAGUCUCUACUCCCAAACCUUGUCAAUCCUUUCCCUCCGUUUGUACUACAUCACGAUUUAUUUAUUUAUUUCGAAAGGGACGGAAUCCCCCCAGCCUCCAUUUAUUUUGUUCUGACAUUUGGGACAUUAAGCUCUAGUGGCUUUUCUAUGGCAUAUGCCUUGAAGCAGUUGCAGGAAAGGAGUUCUUCUUUGGAGCUCUUUCUUUGGGAGGAGACAGCAAUGCCGCCGGUCAACGAUGACGCUGCUGGAUCAAGCUCCGGCAGGGAUGGCCUGACAGGAGCCUCCAUGACGAAACGCAACAAGCCUCGGUAUCAUGCAUUUACUCAGCAAGAACUUCCAGCAUGCAAGCCUAUACUGGCACCCCAUAUGGUCAUUCCUGUACUUGCAUUCGUGGGCUUAAUUUUCAUUCCAAUUGGCCUCGCUUGCAUCGUGUCUUCAAAUAAGGUGGUCGAAGUGGUUUACCGAUACGAUACAAAAUGUGUGCCAGGGAACAUGCUUCACAACAAAGUUGCCUAUAUCCAAAAUGCAUCAAUAGACAAGACCUGCACAAGAACCCUCAAGAUCCCUAGGGAUAUGAAAAGGCCAAUCUACAUAUAUUACCAGCUUGACAAGUUCUACCAGAACCAUAGAAGGUACUCGACGAGCCGGAGCGACGCGCAGCUGAGAGAGCCGAAGGCGGCAGGCGACGUGGCAGAGUUCUGCAAGCCUGAAGCUUUCGCCGCCAAUGGCAGGCCUAUCGUGCCCUGCGGACUCAUAGCCUGGAGCCUGUUCAACGACACCUACAGCUUCGCCCGUCGCAAUCGUCUUCCUCGCGACGGCGACCACGGGCCGCCGCCGCUGACGGUGAGCAAGAGAGGGAUCUCAUGGCCGAGCGAGAGGGGGCACCUGUUCGGCAAGAAUGUCUUCCCCAGGAACUUCCAGAACGGGAGCCUUGUCGGCGGCGGGCAGCUCGAUCCCCGAAAGCCUCUGAGCGAGCAGGAGGAUCUGAUGGUGUGGAUGAGGACGGCGGCGCUGCCGAGGUUCAGGAAGCUGUACGGGCGGAUGGAGGCGGACCUCGUCGCCGGGGAGCUCAUCACGGUGACGGUGCGGAACAGCUACAACUCGUACAGCUACGCCGGCGGGGAGAAGGCGGUGGUGCUGUCGACCGCCGGGUGGCUGGGCGGCAGGAACGGCUUCCUGGGCCGCGCCUAUGUCGUUGUCGGCAUGGCCUGCUUCCUCCUCGCUUUGCUGCUCACGCUGCUCUGCCUCGUCUUCCCCAUGAAGGAGGAGCAUCUCUUGCUGCGGUAGCCUUCGCCGCUGAAUCGAUCGACGUGCGGCGGGCGGUCGAUUCGGUUUGGUUCUACAUUUUCCGACCACGGAUUGGGGAUUGUUCUUGGUUAUAGCAGAUCACUGUGUGUGUGACUGUGUGUGUUCUUGGGUACUAAAUUCAGAAUGUAAAUAACAUGGAACAGAAUCGAAAAUACGGUGACUGAAUGAAAAGAAAGAAAUAGAUCAAGCGACGAUAUCAUGGUAGUGGCUUCCUCCCCUCCAA